AUUAACCAAGGAGGUGAAAGACUUGUAUAAUGAAAACUACAAAAAAACAUUUUAGAAAGAUACAAAUAAAUGGAAAAAUAUCCCAAACUCAUGUACAGGAAGACCUACCAAAGAAAACUACGAAUUUAUGCAACCCCCAUUGAAAUCAUUUAUUUUUUUUAACUGAGAAAAGCACGCAUUCCAAAUUCAUGUGGAAUAUGAAAAGGCCCCAAAUAAUACAAACAAAUCUAGGAGAAAAAAAAGGAACAAAGAUGGAGGACUCAGACUUCUUGAUUUCAAAACUUACUACAAAGCUACAGUUAUUAAAACAGUGUGGCAGUAGAAUAAAGUACAUAUACAUAAAUGGAGGAGCCCAGAAAUAUGCCCUGCAAAAAUAUUUACUUGAGUGAUUUUCUGUAACAGUGCCAAAAAUGCGGAGGAAGGGCAGUGUUUUCAACAAAUGGUGGUGGGAAGACUGCGUAUUUACUUGCAAAAGAAUGCAGCAGUUUUAGCCCUCCUGUAAUCAUGGUUAAUGCUCCUAAAACCCAUCGAACUUUCUGUAAAAAGUGCGGCAAGCACCAACCUCACCAAGCGAUCCAGUACCAGAAGGGCAAGGAUUCUCUGCAUACCCAGGGAAAAUGUCUUUUUGACAGGAAGCAUAGUGGCUAUGGUGGGCAGACUAAACUGAUUUUCCAGAAAAAAGCUAAAAAUAAAAAGAAAAUUUUGCUAAAGCUUGAGUGUGCUGAGCUUAACUGCAGAUCUAAGAGAAUGCUGGCUAUCAAAAGAUGCAGGCAUUUUAAACUGGGAGGGGAUAAAAAGAGAAAGGGGCAAGUGAUCCAGUUCUAAGCAACAUCUUUUUUUUCUUAUGAAGAAAAUAAAAUCAUGAGGUCAAUUUAAAAAAAAAAAAUUCAG